AUGGCAGCCCUGAAGCCCCAAAUCUACCAACAUGACAUCGGAAUCCUUACUCAUCUUGCUGCACAAUUGCCAUCUUCAAUCGCUCUUCUACGUCGUAUUCAACAUGGCAUUGCCUACCCAUCUUCAACCGCCAGAAUCUUAGCAACUUUCCCCCCGGGAUCAUCACCUACGCAUAGCCAGCCUUGGCUAGCCGCACGAGUAGAUCUCUUUCGCAGCCGGGAAACCCAGAUUUUUCUGUACUCUAGCCUCGAAGCAGAGCAUACAUUGACUCCGGCUAUCUUUCCUCUCCUUACUGAUCCUGCGCAUCAAGCAACCACGUCCUACGGAGCAGGAUCUAGAGGCCCGGGCCCCAUUAACACGAGCCUCAUUGCGUCCUCCCUAACAGCUAGCCCGGAACACUUGGACGUCACGCGAGAGCAGCUCCUGCAGAUGUUGUUAUAUAUCAAGGCCAACCUAUUGCCAGACUACCUGGCAUCUCUAUUAUCGAUGCGCUCAAUCGGAGCCAUGUCAUCACCAGCCUCCAACUGUGCGCCUCCUAGUCUGGAACCAAAGGCGUUUUUGAUCGGGUCAUUACAUACUGGUCUUUUCACGCUUCUUCUACGCUCGGGGUCAUUCGCCCACCCGAUAGUUGACGCGGAUGUGGAUCUAGAUCCCUAUCCCGGCCUAAAGAUCCAUCGAUUUGAUGGUCGGCCCUACCUGAAAUACUUCUUUCGACAAACUCGCGUCAACUCCAAAAUUUCUGAUGGUGAGAUACCUUUACCGAAGGGCUAUCGGUAUUGUGACAAACGCGGAAGAUUCGGUGUCCUCUACUCGCAGCUGGACCUUAUCCAGAGUCGUACCCAUAUUCCACGGUCAAAAGAGCAAUUGUCAAGUAUCCCGAGCGUAGUAAUAUACCACGACUCAGGCAAAGAAGAAAACGUGCAUGGAUGCUCAGGUUCUAGUUGUUGUUCUUCUAAGGAAACGGAUGAAAUGCCUAUCGCGUGGGCUUUCCUGGGCCUAGAUGGCGCUCUAGCAACGCUUCAUGUCGAGCCUGGCCACCGGGGCCAGGGUCUUGCUCCUUGCUUAUCAGUGGAAACCAUGCGUCGAGGAAUGGAUCUGGACGGGAUAUUUAGCGCCAAAGGGGAGGACGAGAAAGUGCAAAACCACCUAAGAGAGUGGGUUCAUGCGGAUGUGGCUCAGUAUAACAUGGCAAGUCGGAGGGUUAUGGAGAAGGUUGGAGGCGAGAUAUUAUCGACUGUUAUGUGGACUGCGAUAGAACUCUGUGAUUAA